AUGAUAAGGAGCACAUUCUUCAAACAAAGUGGCUCAAUGAGCCUUCGUCGUUGCUUUCACAAAGAAGCUUACCCAUACGACAAGACAAUUAAAAACCUACUUUUACCAAAGGAUACUAAAGUUAUAUUCCAAGGAUUUACCGGUAAGCAAGGUACAUUCCAUGCAAAAAUUUCACAGGAAUAUGGUACAAAUGUGGUAGGUGGUACCAACCCCAAGAAGGCUGGUCAAACUCAUUUGGGGAAGCCUGUCUUUUCUAAUGUGGAGGAGGCCAUGUUGGAAACGGGCGCUACCGCUAGUGCUAUCUUCAUUCCCCCACCAUUCGCUGCCGCUGCAAUUGCUGAAGCCAUUGAGGCAGAAUUGCCAUUGGCUGUCUGUAUUACUGAAGGUAUCCCACAAAAGGACAUGCUUUACAUCACCGAGAUGCUAAGAAUGCAAGACAAGACAAGAUUGGUGGGACCUAAUUGUCCGGGGAUUAUUAACCCUGCUAAUAGAGUGAGAAUUGGAAUUCAACCACCCAAAAUUUUUAAACCAGGAAAAAUUGGUAUUAUUUCAAGAUCUGGUACUUUAACUUAUGAAGCAGUACAACAAACUACUAAUACUGGUUUGGGUCAAUCAUUAGUUAUUGGAAUGGGUGGGGAUGCAUUCCCAGGAACUGAUUUUAUUGAUGCCUUGAAAUUAUUCCUAAAUGAUGGAGUCACUGAGGGGAUUAUUAUGCUUGGUGAAAUUGGUGGUAAAGCGGAAAUUGAAGCUGCAGAAUUCUUGAAAGAAUUCAAUAAUAGUAGAGACAAACCUUUACCUGUCGCUUCCUUCAUUGCGGGAACUGUUGCAGGACAAAUGAAAGGUGUCAGAAUGGGCCAUUCAGGUGCUAUCGUUGAAGGUUCUGGUACUGAUGCAGAUUCAAAGAAGAAAGCUUUGAGAGAAAUGGGAAUUGAAGUAGUCGAAUCACCAGGUUUCUUAGGAGAGGCUUUAUUGAAGCAAUUCAAAAAAUUAUGA